GCAGCGCCGAGUUCUUCCGCAGUCUGUAGCGGAGCAUGGGGUGCUGACGGCCAUGGAGGGCUACCGGGGCUUCCUGGGGCUGCUAGUGUCCGCGCUGCUCGUGGGCUUCCUGUCCGUGCUCUUCGUGCUCGUCUGGGUCCUGCACUACCGAGAGGGGCUUGGCUGGGACGGCGGAGCGCUCGAGUUUAACUGGCACCCGGUGCUCGCAGUGACUGGCUUCGUCUUCAUCCAGGGCAUCGCCAUCAUCGCGUACAGAUUGCCAUGGACCUGGAAGUGUAGCAAGUUCCUGAUGAAAUCCAUCCACGCGGGGUUAAAUGCCGUGGCCGCCAUCCUCAUCAUCAUCUCUGUCGUGGCCGUAUUUGAUUACCACAAUGUCCGAAGCAUCCCCCAUAUGUACAGUCUGCACAGCUGGGUUGGGCUGACCGCCGUCAUACUCUACGUCCUGCAGCUUGUCCUAGGCUUCUUGAUCUUUCUGCUCCCAUGGGCUCCGCCGUCUCUCCGGGCAGUCAUCAUGCCGAUACAUGUGUAUUCCGGACUUCUCCUCUUCGGAACGGUGAUUGCAACAGUCCUCAUGGGAAUAACAGAGAAGCUGUUUUUUGUCCUGAAAGACCCUUCGUACCAUUCGUUCCCGCCAGAGGGUGUUUUUACAAAUACACUGGGCAUUCUGAUUGUGGUAUUUGGAGCCCUCAUCUUCUGGAUUGUCACCAGGCCACAAUGGAAGCGUCCCAGAGAACCAGGUUCUAUCCUUCUUCAACCAAGUGGAGGCACGGAUGGACUGGAAGGCGCCAUAGCCAUAAGCUCAGACCGCAGCCCUGACGCCGCGGAUGCAGAGUUGAGCAGCGACGGAGCCGCCAGGAAGAGAACCCUCGGCCUUGAUGAUGCGGGCCAGAGAUCCACCAUGUAAAAUGUAGAUGCAGCCUACAUUUCUCUCCCGAAGUCAGCCCUACAGUUCAGUUUCUCCUGCCUAGCGGUUGGCGACUUGGGUUCAUGGUGCCAAUGUAUACUGUGGUCACCAGGGAGGAUUUCUCGAGAGCGUUUGUAUCGUGAGGCCGUGAGGCCGAACCUUACCAAAUGUAAAAGGUCUUGAUCAAUUUAAGUGGUGAUUGUUUCUUCUUUAUUCCUGAGGACCCAAGCAUUGGACGUGCCUGCCCGGGGCUUGUUUGCUGAGCAGACAGCACCCUUGGCCUCUCUCUAUGCCUCAUUAAUUCUGGGAGCCCAGAGAUUUCAGAACAAGGUAGAACCAGUCCUAACUUUUAAAACAAUCACAAGUACCUGGAACUGUGUUUGAACCCUUAUGCCACACAGCUGUUGUGACUAAAACAUGUUGCAAGGAAUGGCGUUUUAGGAAAAUUAGUUCCCCUUUCCACCUCGGUUCCCUCUCCAGCCAAUUUGAGCUCACAUUGGGCCCUGGACACGACAGUAUAUAUGAGGGCGUUUCAGAGCAGAUGCUGGGUCAAAGACAGCUAAAGAGAUCUCUGAUUAGACCUGGAAGAUUUUCUUACACUCAGCCCACAGCGCCUAGACUCCCAGGAGCUGGUCACCUCACAGCUCAGCUUGUGAACCGCUUGCAAUGCAAACACGCCUGAGCUCACGCUGCACGAACCGCUUUGCAUCCAUGCGCACGUGAUGAGCACUGUCCCUCGAAUUUCCAAAGUGCUUCCCUGGCUCUAACAUGUGCCAGCCACUCUCCUGCUGGGCACUUUACAAAUAUUAGCUCCUUCAGUCUCAGACAGAUGUUGUGAGGCAGGUAUUGUUACUGGCCCCGUUUUUUGAGGCGAAAAGAUCCGAAACUUGGAAAGGUUGUAACUUGGCCCAACUUCACAUAACUCUUAAGUCCAUGGAGCUGGCAUUCCAACCCUGGCAGUCUGGCUCCUCUGCCCACAAUUCUACAUUCCACUAUGCUCCUUUCGCUUUUAUCCUACUUGGCAGCUCCGUGGUCCGCCCCUGAAUAAAGUCCCCGAGUGGCGUCUAGUGGAGUUGUUACAGGGCACUCUCUGCCUUACGCUUGGUCCUCUUCCAAGGGGACCCUUUAGAGGGUGGGAAAGGCGCCGAGUGGUCUUAGACGUAGAUCUCGGGGCCUCAGCCACUGCCAACAAGCCAGAGCCUGCCAUCAUGCCCUUUUAAUCUUAACAGGGCAUCAGUCUUGCUGACAGAAAGAUGUGGGCUAGGAUACUCAGCUUCAAGAUUAAGUCAUUAUAGUUCUUGUUCCUCAUGAUCUUAGCCACUGAAGGACUUUCCGAUUCGGAGAGAAUUGUAUCCUGGGCUGUCCUUCCCUAGGGUCACAGGCAGGUUCUUUUCUGAUUUUUGUGGAAUUUGGAGUUCUAGUAGAGAACUGAGAUUCAAAGGUGAUGAUAAUCUUUCACGUGGCGGGAUUUCUGUCUCAGCUCUGAGGGAAACCUGAGGUUGUAACUGAGGAGAUGGUUCCUCAUGGAGAUUUUUUUUUUCUUUCGCUGUAUUUUCUGGUUGUAACACUUGGGAACGGAUGUGUGAACCUCUAGUUCCAGCUGCUUGAGAGGCUGGUAUCUGCGGCUCAGUUCGAAACCAGCCUGGGCAGCAUAGAGAAACCUGGGUUUCGCUAGUAACCCAAGUGGGCCUUACUCUUUGUGCAGCUGACAAGGUCACCUUGAACAUGUGUGUAGCCUUCCUUGCCUUCACUUCCCAAAUGCUGGAUUACAGGCAUGUGCCACCGGCCACACAGCCCAGCUCUGUCUCUUAAAUAAAAAAUAAGGACAAAACAAACACAAGAAUUUUAAUGUUGAGAAAAAAAAUUGUAGUUUACAGCAAAAUGCAGUUAGCAUGUUUGUUAUGUAGUGAAAAUCCUUUUACAUAACGUGACUAUUUCCGUAGUCGGGCAUGGUGGCUCACACCUUUAAUCCAGCACUCGGGAGGUAGAGCCAGGAUCUCUGUGAGUUCGAGGCCAGCCUGGUCUACAGAGUGAGGCCUAGGGCAGUGAGGGCAACCCUGUCUCGACAAAACAAAACAAAGAUACGCUUAUUUCCAAAGCCCAAAUAGGACUUUCAGAGCUCUUAAACUUCAAACACUUCAGAAUUCCCUCUUUGCUUUCUUCUAAUUUAAUUAAUCCUAUUUUCAAAAUUGGUUAAUAGUGUCAAAAGGACUACGAGUGACAGACCCAAGGUCUUCCGCUAGAUGGGGAAUUCAGGGCCAUCCUGGGAUCAUGGCACCUAGCUCAAAAGUCUAAUUAACAAAUAAAGUUCACGUGUGUGCUAAGAAGGAGUAAUUGCAUGCUUACACUGAGCAGUUUGCUAAAUGAUGAUUUGACAUAAGAGCUUAGUCAGAAUCCCAGGGAGAAGGGAAGGCUCAUAACUGGGCCCCAAGUAUCAUGGCACCCUAUCCUUUCCACCGAGGCCCACAGGGGCUAUCAGCGCAGCGCUAAUUGCAUGGCGCUAGAAUAGCUGCAUUGCAAUGCAUCAAGCACCCUUCAUCUCGGCCCUUUCUCUGCUCUCAAGUAGGCUAAUGUGAGGGUAAUAUUAUAGGCGCUUCUUCUCUUUCUUCUCCAGCUUUUAUGAAAGGAUGCAUAGCACAAUAUAUCGAAAAGAUCUUUCUAUUUGAGACUCUUCUUUUAAUGGGCUCUUUAUUCUGGUGAUAAUUAUACCUUUAUCUUUCAAAAGCUGAUGUUUCCUACCUAAAGCGUCUCUCCCCCCCAAAAUAUCACAUUAAAAAGUCUGCAAAGAAUAGGGGAAAAGAAAGGCUUGGGUAUCAAUUCCAAACUUUGAUUGAAACCCCCCCAAAUAAUUAUAGCUUAUGUCCUCUGCAGAGAUUAUCUGGCUUGGCUUACCCCAUAAUCUAAUUUCAGGAAAGAAAGCUUUAUUUCAACACUGAUCUACGUCAACAUGAAAGGCUUCUCUUUCCCAGGGCUUGGUGAGAAAUCGAAAUGAAUAUACUUUAUUGAAUUAAUGUCAUCAAAAGCGUGCAGCUCCCCUGUGCCGGUGUCAAACAGACCUCAGUCUCCACGGCACUUUCUUCCCGUUAGCUGGGUGGUUUUUUUUGCAUCUGUGCCCUUGGAAAUAGCGUCUGAGACCUUAGAAUGGAGUGAUAGAUUAAAGUGUACUUUUUAAGGACUGGUGACAAGUAGUUUCUAUUUUCUAAAGGACAACAUAAAUUGUAUGUCUCAUUUUAAUUAGGUUUUCUUCCCUGCAGAGCUGGAAGCCCCAGUGCACACUCACUGACCAUGGCUGCACAUGAAAAAUACAAAGGAGGAAGUCACAUAUUAUGUCAACUUUACUUGUAAUGUAAUGGAAUAUUUAGCUUUAGAUGUUCAUCUUUUUUUUUUUAAAGAGAACUCCCACAGGACACUACCAUAAAACUUCUAGGUCUGAUAGGAAUGUAGAGGAGGAAAAAUGACUGUUCUCCAUUCAUGAGCUACCUGAACACUUUCAGUGGGAAAUAAUUAUAUCUAUAAAUUUGUCUUUUUAUCUCAGUACAUUGAUGGAAAAGUAUUAUCUCGAUUAUUUUAUAAUUUUGUAGGGAAUAUAUGUAUCUAUUUUUCUUGACUUUUAAUAUAGCAAUAAAAACCUACUUCCAAGCUUUC